AUGAAAUCUUCCUGGUUAGAUACAACGGUCGUCGGGCAGGCGGUGCGGUACUGUACACACCGUGCACCUCAAGUAUCUCCCAAGUCCGAGGACAUCUGCGUGGAAACUCCCAAUGACAAGUCCAGGCAUGUUAAUGGAUGCUCUUCUGUCGUGACAUGCACUAAUCCAGUGGUCAGAUCGCAAAAACCCAUCGUGGUUGACUGGGAUGGUCCCGAUGACAAGGAAAAUCCCCAAAACUGGCCGACCCUGUACAAGGCCUGGAUCACGUUGUUGAUCUCAGUCUAUUCGUUCGUGGUAUACUGCGGUUCGUCCAUUAUCGUGCCCAGCUACCAGGGCAUGAUGCUUCAAUUUGGAAUAUCCGACAAAGUGGCCUCUCUCGUCUUGGCUCUCUACGUCGUGGGAUACGGCACCGGUCCCCUGAUCUUCUCUCCCCUGAGCGAAGUCGCCUCCAUUGGCCGCAACCCGCCAUACGUCGUCUCGUUCAUCCUGUUCGUCAUCAUCUCCAUCGUGUUGGCCACCCUCAACAACUUCCCCGCCAUUGUGGUCCUGCGCUUUCUCCAGGGAUUCUUCGGCAGCCCAUGUCUCGCCACCGGUGGUGCCACUGUCCAGGACAUCACCCGCUCCUGGGAUACGAUACCCUACCUCUUCGCCGCCUGGGUCAGCUGCAUCUACUGCGCACCCGCAUUGGGUCCCCUCUUCGCCAGUCACAUUGUGCAGACUCGCUCCUGGCACUGGUCCCUCUGGGAGAUCGCCAUGAUGUCCGGUCCCCUCUGCAUCAUCCUGAUCUGUCUCCUGCCAGAAACCUCCGCCGACACCAUCUUGCUUCGCCGCGCGCGUCAUCGUCGUCUUCACCGCCACGGCCAUCCCGAAAAUAACCCCCGAAUCAACCACCAUCCCACCAUUCUCGCUCCCAGCGAACUCAAUCCCAUCCCUUUCUCCUCCAUCCUCAGAGACUCACUCGCCCAUCCGCUCGAAAUCCCCCUCAAGGACCCCGCGAUCCUCUUCACAGACCUCUACAUCUCCUUCAUCUACGCUAUCUACUACUCCUUCUUCGAGGCAUUUCAUCGCGUCUACCAGGACCUCUAUCAUAUGUCGCUGGUCUCAUGCAGUUUAAUCUUCCUCUCCAUCGUCAUCGGCGUCGCUGUCUCCGUCGUCCUAUACAUCCUAUAUCUAGUCAACCGGUCAACGGUGCAGGAUGUCCUCAUCGCCAACAAUAAUUUCGAGGCCUGUCUGGUCCCCGCUAUCCCUGGCGUUUGUUUCGCCCCGAUCGGUCUGUUCUUGUUCGCUUGGACGGCUCGUGCCUCCAUCCAUUGGGUCGUUCCCACGGUGGGUAUCGCCAUCUACAUUGCUGCUACCUUCGUCAUACUCCAGGCCUUCAUGCUAUAUCUCCCCCUGUCGUAUCCGCGCUACGUCGCGUCGUUGUUUGCAGCGAAUGAUUUCUCCCGCUCCGCUUCCGCCGCGGUGCUCAUUAUGGUGGCCCCAUAUAUGUAUGACCGUAUGGGUAUCAGUAAGGGGGUGACGCUGUUGGCGAGUAUUUCCACGUUGGGCAUCGUGGGUAUGUUGUUGAUUUGGUGGUUUGGGGCGAAUCUGAGGGCUAGAAGCCGGUUUGCCGGGUGA